AUGUCUCAGCCUACAUCUUCCCCCGUCAAGAGAAUCAAAAGUUGGUUACGUAUUGGUAAAAAGACUCAGAGUGGACAGGGUGGACAGAGUGGACAGAGUGGACAGACUGGACAGACUGGACAGAGUGGACAGAGUGAACAGACUGGACAGAGUGAACAGACUGGACAGAGAGGACAGGGUGGAGAUGGCUCAGAUGAUUCCAAUGACCCUCGGUCUACUCCCGAGAGCUCAAAACGGAAACGUACAGGCGAAGUCGAUCCCAAAACAACUCAUAAAAGGACCCGUUCCAGUUCCGACUUACCUGAAACUCCCAGGACUGUUCGGAUGUACACGAAUAAUACUAUUUCGAACGCAAAUACAGACAGAAUCUCUCUAUUGCAUAAAACACCUCCGAGGGAAAAGAUCGACCGUUAUCAAGCGACAGGGGCUCAAUUCGAAGAAUGGAUGGCCAACACCAACACAGCUGGUCCUGCAUGUCCAGUAAUCCAGUCCACGUUAACCCUUAACACUCUAAUCGAAGGCAAUCCCCCGCAGAAGCCUGAAUUUAAUGUAUGGCGAACCAAUUUCGUUUAUCCGCCGGUUGAAAUCAGGGGGAGUCUACAAUCGACAGGCCUCCCAGAUAACGAUGUUUACCGGUUUUCAAAAAUACAAGGCAGUGGGAAGUCGAUUGAUGUACCCGCUUACGAACAUUGCAUUGUAACGGGUGCUAUCAUUGUUCAAGAUAUUAGAAGAAGGAAGCAGGGACCCCAAUGGACUGACAUUGCUCUAGCUUUAUACAAACAUGAUCAAGAAAUCGACACUCUUCGAUAUGUUUUCUACACGAAUGUUGAUAAUAAGGAAACACAACCCUUAGUGGGGAAGGUACUGUACCGAAAUAACAAUCUUCCCGGUCCUGAGCAUAGAGACGGAUCAAACCUGCAUGCUUGGAACAUCCAUACUCCGGAGUUCCAGCAAAUCUUAGGAUCAAAGCUGGGCAGGGCGACAUCUCGUCUUGUUCUAGCCGCUUGGCCCAGAGGUACCCAUCGGAUCACUACAAUCAAUACUUGGUUUUGGUCAACUAGCAUACAAAUACGUUUUGAUAUUCAGCCGAUUGGCCAAGUCGGCCCUGCAUCCCCUCCUGCCCAUAGUCCUACUACUCCUACUCCUUCGUCCCGUCGUCGCCAUAGUUAG